AAAUCUGGUUCAUGAAGGCAGUCGUAAUAUCAGGAACCAGUUUCUUGUUGGAUGGUCGAGGUGGAAUUACUGGUGUUAUCGUGGUCGGGAAUCGAAGCGAUUCCUGGAGGUGAUACCAAGGUUGGCUUGAGAAUGUCGCGCAGCGCCUUGCCUUCAUAGCACCUAUCUCUUCGUUCUGUUGGAGGCUUUAGUCAGAUAAUGAUCGCCCUCCUCGCCACUCUGUUGGCCUUCUGAGACCACCAGCACAUUAUGAAGCCUGUAGGUCUCGUUAAAAAGGCGAAGCGAUUACUACUUGCUAGAGGAGUCUUCGGACUUGUGCGAACAGUCAUAUCGGUGUCCUUAGUUCUACUUGUCACUCAACAACUGCUUUUCAUGCGCGCACGAGAUCUGUUGUCGAGCGCUCCUAACGCUGGUGAUGGUCUAUCGGGUGUGCGUUACUUUUCAGGCAACAACGGCUUAUACCGUGCAAAGAUUAAAUCAAGCGGCGAAUCUACCCCCAGCUUACGGACCCGGCUGUCUCACGGGAUGCACGCUGCUGCCGGCCACCAUAACGAAAGCACGGAGCGACCAAAGCCGAGCGUCCCUAAGAGCGGCCACGGCGACGCCCGGCAGGCGUCGAGCUCGAAGCUGGUGGAGUGCUUCCUGUCCGCCAAGUCGUACCUGACGAUCGCGGACGAGGUGCAGGACGAGAUCCUCAUGGAGCACGUCAAGCAGGAGGUUCACCGAUGCCUCGGCCUUCUCGACCAGGCAUACGCCGGCGGGGCACGCGACGCGAUCGCAGUGCCCGACGAAGCGCGUCCGAAGCAGAAGCGGAAACGACCGCUCCGAGAAGGGAGAGCGCUGUCCAGAUUGAAGCUGAAGCUCGAGGCAGCGGAGCAGCAGGCGAAGAACAUGCUGCUGCAGAGCAUGGUGUUCAGCCAGAUAGCCUCUCGCGCUAUUCCGCAGCCGCUACACUGUCUCUCGCUCCGGCUGACCAUGGUCCACAGCACGCACCCCGAGCUGAGUAGGACGGAUAGGGUUGAUCCUAGGCUGUGGGACCCUGCCCUCCACCACUACGCCUUGUUCUCCGACAAUGUCGUCGCCGUUGCAGUCGUCGUCAACUCAACUGCCACGAACGCGGUCAACCCGUCGGAACAUGUGUUCCACGUCAUCACCGACAGGAUGAACUACGCCGCCAUGAAAGCCUGGUUCUUUCUCAACCCCCCACGUGGGAAUAUGGCUCUCGAGGUCCGCUGCUUGGACGAGUAUCCGUGGAUCAACCCUGCGUACGUACCUGUGUUGAGGCAAAUUGAAUCCGAGGCUAUGCGUGAUUACUACUUCCGGGCGUCCGUGGCAUCCAAAGUCGGUGCAACGCACGCCAAGGAGGACUACGUGGAUCUCAAGUAUCGCAACCCCAAGUACCUGUCGAUCCUGAACCACCUGCGCUUCUAUCUUCCGCGAAUAUUCCCUCAACUGGAUAAUAUCCUGUUCCUGGAUGACGACGUGGUUGUGCAGCAGGACCUGACAGACCUAUGGAAGAUUCCCAUGAACGGCAAGGUCAACCUGGCUGUUGAAACCUGUGGGAAGGUGUUUCACCGAUUCAAGACUUACCUGAACUUCUCAAGUCCCUUUUUGGCUAACUUCGAUCCUGAGGGGUGCGGAUGGGCUUUUGGAAUGAACAUGUUCAACCUGGCUGCCUGGCGGCAGGGCAACUACACUGACAAGUACCACUUCUGGCAAGACAAGAACGAAGACCGCACGCUCUGGAAGCUGGGCACGCUUCCUCCUGGCCUGCUGACAUUCUACAACGCCACUGAGCCUCUGGACAAGCGGUGGCAGGUGCUGGGCCUGGGCAGCAAGAGCACGGUGGAUGUGGGGCUUGUGCAGCGGGCAGCUGUCAUUCACUUCAAUGGCCACGCCAAGCCAUGGCUAGAACUUGCCAUCCCGGUCUACCAGAGAUUCUGGACGCGAUAUGUUCCAUACGACAACCCUCUGCUCCAGCAGUGCAAUUUCAGAGCGCCCAAUGCUGCUGCUGCUGACUAGCGGUACUGACAGCCAUGACUUGCUACUAACUCCUAACCUUGGUCUAACAGGUAGCUGUAGGUUCUUAGUUUUGAGGACGUGUUCAGUGCUGGGUGGAAACAUGGCCACAAUUGCUGUCACAGUUGUAGGUAUGCCAGCUGAAGCUGACACUCCUUGCCUGGGUUGACUGCUGCUUGCGACCAGGCUGUUACUACCUCACAUUCAUUCUCUGAGAAGUGUCGUGGCACUGGGAUAAACCCGUCGAUCCACUCUCUAUCUCUAGGCAGGGUACUGGGGGGAGGCUUUCCUCGGGGAAGGUGGAUAUAUAGAGCCUAACCCUCCGGAUGAUAUCUCUUCUUGUCCUAGUAGUGGUUAGGACUGCUGACGUCAUGACCAGGGCCUCA